GAAACCUCAGAUCUCAAAAAUGCUUCGUCCAUCUUCAACCACAUAUACUAUUCAAUGCAUCGGCAUUCAAUUUCGAUCUAGAUAUUGUAUUAUUUCUCCCAGGAAUAUUCAACAGAACCCACGUUCCUAGUCAGCCCACCAAUCGUUGUCCCAAGCCGUUAGCAGAACGACCUUCGAACUGUCCUCGAGCUCCCACAAAUGGCACCAAACGGUCACACAAACGGUGCCAGCACCGACCCCACGAAUUAUGUCGCGUAUCUCGACCCAAAGGCGUUGAACCAGCCUCGAAUUGGACAUCUCAACCUCGAAACAUCCUCCAUUCAGCCCCUGAGCUUCGCAUCCGGUACACCACUCACCGACCUAUAUCAGGUCAUUGAAAUUGGCGAGUCCCAGAUCAAGCCAGCAGGUGAAUCAAUUCAGCUGUCUUCAGUGGAACUCCAAGCUCCCAUUAGCGGCAGAGACAUCCUCGCGGUUGGUAAAAACUAUUUCGAGCAUGCCAUCGAAUUUAACUCUUCGGGUUACGACUCCAGCGACAAAACGGAUCAGCCAACGCACCCCGUUAUUUUCACCAAACGUGCCACAAGCAUUAUUGCUCACGGAGAACCAAUCUACCCGCAUCCUGGAUUUACAGACACUGUGGACUAUGAAGGGGAGAUCGGAGUGAUCAUUGGCAAAAGUGGGUUCAAGAUCGGGGAAGCCGAGGCCAUGAGCCACGUUUGGGGCUAUACUAUCGUCAAUGAUAUGACUGCACGAGAACGACAAAGGGACCACAAGCAGUUCUACAUUGGGAAAUCUCCAGACACCUUUUGCCCUAUGGGCCCCAUCGCUGUCCCAGCUUCGAAACUCCCCAAAACACUUCGAGUACAAACAAAAGUAAAUGGUGAAAAGCGUCAAGACUCUACUACCGACGAUCUCAUAUUUUCCAUCCCUUUCCUGGUCAAGACGCUCUCCGCUGGACAAACUAUUCAACCAGGAGAUGUCAUUGCGACUGGCACGCCAGCUGGUGUAGGGUUCGGGCAAAAGCCUCCCGUCUUCUUAAAGCCUGGUGACGUCGUUGAAGUUUCCGUAACCGGUCUCGGCACAUUGAAGAACAUCAUCGCUGAGCCAUCGGCAAGGAACCAAACAGUCUCCCGGAUCACUAAUUACUCCCAUAUUCCGAUCAGCAAUUUGAACAAGUCGUGUGGCGGUGUUGGGCUUACAUCAAUCAAUUCAAAACAGCUCUACUAUCGACAUGCUGGGAUUCCAACUGGUGAUCCUAUUAUCUUCAUCCAUGGUCUUGGCGGCAGUUCGGAGUUGUACACACCUUUGAUUUCAUCUCUCGGACUCGAGAGAAAUCAUUCUCUUCAUUUGCUCGAUCUCGAAGGCCAUGGCCUAUCCCCAACCUCCGCAGCAUCGUCCGUCUCGAUUUCCAGUUACGCCUCUGACUUCCAUGCUCUGGCACGAAAAGCCAGGAUCUCGGGGGCCACAGUCGUCGCACACAGCAUGGGUUGCCUUGUUGCUCUCACUUUAGCAUUAAAGGCCCCGGAACUUGUUUCCAAGUUAGUCUUGCUUGGCCCACCGCCUACCCCCUUGCCAGAAGCUGGUCGAGCUGGGUCCAUUGCGCGAGCAACAAUUGUCAGGUCCUCGGGAAUUGCUGCUGUGGUAGAUGCAGUCGUCACGGCAGGGACUUCAGCAAAGUCGAAGACUGACAACCCAAUCGGAAUUGCCGCCGUGCGGAUGUCGCUCUUGUCGCAAGAUCCUGAAGGAUACGCAAAAGGGUGCACAGCACUUGCAGGGGCAUCAGAACCUCUCCAUGUGGCACAAAUUAAAGCCAGGGUAUUGAUUGUGACUGGAGAUGAAGAUAAGGUCUCGCCUCCCCAACUCUGUGAAAAGUACUCAACGGAAAUCAAGGGAGCUAAGGUCCAUGUACUACCUCAAGUUGGUCAUUGGCAUAUCUUUGAGGAUGUAAAAGGAGUUUCGGAUGCUGUUGCGUCUUUUCUUCAAUGAUAAUCCAAUUUCCUAUCGCGAUAGACAUAGGUUCCGAGCCAACAUAGAAUCGGCCUUUUCAACAUAUUCAAGUUUCAUAACAUUAGAUCAAAAACGGCA